CAGGAGUUACAAUUCAAACGCGAGCGGCGGCCCGCAGCCCUACAGUUGCCCUUUCGUCUCCACACUCCUGUCUUGGUGCCAACACUUCUAGGAUGGCCUCGCAAAACCGUGACCCAGCUGCUGCCAGCGUUGCCGCCGUUCGAAAAGGAGCCGAGCCCUGCGGGGGCGCCGCCCGGGGCCCUGUGGGUAAGAGGCUACAGCAGGAGCUGAUGACCCUUAUGAUGUCUGGUGACAAAGGAAUUUCCGCCUUCCCUGAAUCAGACAACCUGUUCAAAUGGGUGGGGACCAUCCACGGAGCAGCCGGCACUGUAUAUGAAGACCUGAGGUAUAAGCUCUCCCUAGAGUUCCCCAGUGGCUACCCUUACAACGCCCCCACAGUGAAGUUCCUCACCCCCUGCUACCACCCCAACGUGGACACCCAGGGCAACAUCUGCCUGGACAUUCUCAAGGAGAAGUGGUCUGCACUCUAUGACGUCAGGACCAUCUUACUCUCUAUCCAGAGCCUGCUAGGAGAACCCAACAUCGAUAGCCCUUUGAACACACAUGCUGCAGAGCUCUGGAAAAACCCCACAGCAUUUAAGAAGUACCUGCAAGAAACCUAUUCAAAGCAGGUCUCCAACCAAGAGCCCUGAUGCACACUGUCCACCUCUCUUUUGUGCUGUCUUUUUUUCUUAGACUGUCUGUCCUUUCUCUUUGAUUUCUAAGCUGUGUUGUUAUUUUUGUUUUGUUUGUUUUUUUAAAUUAAGUCUGCUUGAACCCUUACAAUGUAUAUUAAAUAAAUACAUGUUGAUUGUUUUUAUAU